AACACAUCACAAGACAAAAGAGAUCAAAGAAAGAGAGAGAGAGAGACAUGUCGACUACAUACUCUAUGCUUGGUGGUGAAGGUCCUGAUAGUUACAGAGAACAUUCGAAAUACCAGGGAGCAUUGGUUAUAGCUGCAAAGGAGAAGAUCAACGAAGUGAUCUCCGCGAAACUCGAUAUAGACAGUAGUUUAAACCUCAUUAACGUAGCGGAUUUCGGUUGUUCCUCUGGACCGAACACGUUCAACGCGGUCCAAAUCGUUAUUGAUGCUGUGGAACAAAAGCAUAAAGAGAAAGAGUUCCAAGUUUUCUUCAAUGAUUCUUCGAACAACGAUUUCAACACUCUAUUCAAGACACUUCCUCAAGGUAGAAGCUACUUCGCAACCGGAGUACCCGGUUCUUUCUUUGGUCGUGUUCUUCCAAGAAGUAGUCUCCAUUUAGGAGUUUCUUCUUACUCACUCCAUUUCAUAUCCAAGAUUCCAAAUGGAAUCAAAGAUCGUAACUCCCCUGUUUGGAACAAUGAGAUACAUUGCUCUGGAUCUUCAGAAGCCGUAGAGAAAUUGUACUUCGAUCAAUACAAGACCGAUGUUGGAAGUUUCCUUAACGCGAGAUCUCAAGAGCUUGUGUCCGGUGGAAUGCUAUUGCUUCUUGGAUCAUGUCGUAUAAAUGGAAAUAAAUUCUUUGAAUCCGUUGAAGGAAUGAUGAUUGAUUACAUUGGAACUUCACUUAACGAACUUGCUAAACAGGGUUUAAUAGAUCAAGAAAAGCUUGAUGCAUUCAAAUUGCCUAUCUAUGCUGCACAAGAGGAUGAUUUGAAGCAAAUCAUCGAGGCAAACGGGUGUUUCACGAUCGAGGCUUUCGAAAAGAUUACUCACGGGAAAGGCGAGUAUCCGUUAGACACAAAUUAUUUGACGCUCGCGUUUAAGGCCUCUCUUGGAGGAUCUAUAGCUGCGCAAUUUGGCCAAGAUGCUAUGGAGAAAACAUAUGAGCUUGUUAGCGAGAAGACAGAAGAAAUGCUUCCUCAAUUAGCCAAAGCCAAACCUGGAAUCCAGUACCUCAUUGUGCUUCGAAGAAACUGAUUCUCAUGAUCUGUGUUUAGAUCUGUGAAAUGAAAUGAAGCUGAGACUUUAAUAAUGUGGUUACAAUGAUGUGUGUUUUGUUUACAAUAUUUUCCCAACAGCUCUUUUGUUGCAUUACUGUUAUUUCUAUCUUAAAGUUUUCAGUGCUUUGUCUAUUCAAUAACAAUAAAUAAUGGACUCUUUUGUCUCU